CCUGGUCCGGGGAAAAUAUGGAGAAGUGCCUUUAUUGAAGAAAAAGACACAUUUCUAAUUCUGUAGAAAGAGGAGGGGGCACAGGGAUCCUGGCGACGAGGAGAAAGCACAGUGUGGGUGCAUCGAGAGGUUGGGCAGUGGUAAUGAUGCAUGGGAGCAGAAUCUGGUCACAUUGAUGGAUGUUCUACAAGAAACCAACCUCGCUGUGCAGGCCCUGAACCCCACACGGAUCAAUGCGGUGGACGAGAGUGACUCACAUGACCUGGGAGGUCAUCUGAAGCUGUACGCCACCGCAGAUGGCGCCGCCACUCCCUUCCCUUUGUCAGUCGCUGCAGUGAGCGUGCAUAGAGCCAGCCAGAAAGCCACCCUGACCUCCAAGGAGCCGUGCACACUCAGCCCACCCUCCCCUCUGACUGAGGUCCCCGAGCACACCGCCGAUGAGUCCUCCACCCAUGCCAUCGCACUUGCAUCCAGUGCGGCCAAGGCCGUGAGCCCCUGGUCCCUGCCAGAGGAUUGCGAAAAGCCCCCCUUCGCCAUGAUGGAACCAGGGGCUGUCUCCGCACUCACAGAGGACUGCCUGAUGCAGCCAAGCCGCACCUGCCUGGGCUGCUUCAUUGAGACGAAGGACGCUGCGGACCCUGAGCCAGGGCUAGGCCUGAAAAUGGGGGAGAUGAACCAGGACUAUGAUGCUUGCUCCAUCCCAGACAUGAGCAUGCAGUGCAUGAGCUCCAGCGACACUGCCCACUAUGGAGACCAGCUCCUGGCUGACCAGCUGUUGAGUUUCCCUGGGCACAAGGGCACCGACGAGGAGAAGAGGGAGGAGGAGAAGUCUGAUAGUGACUCAGAUGACCCUGCCUCCAAAAACCUGUAUGAGGGCUUGCUAUUGGACAAGUGCAAUGGUGAGGAGGCCCUGCUGACCAAUCCGAGUCAAGACUGGGGCUACUUUGAGUCCUUCAUCAGCGAGAGCAAAAUGGAGCUGCUGGACCUUUGCUCCAAGAAUGAGCUCUCUGUCAACCUCUUCUCUGAGGAGGAUGUGGAUAACUACAUGUUUGAUGAUGACGAUGAUGACUCCACUCUGAGCAGUGACGUGUGCUCCCUAAAAAUACGCUAUGAGUCUUUCCAGGACAAUGUGCGGGAGAAGACCAAUGCUGUCCAGGAAGAGGCCCAGUUCAACUUCUUCCCCAGCGUCCUCCUCAACUGUUCCAAGAAGGAUGGCGCUGUAGUUAGAAAGGAUUCAGCAGGUCUGCAGCUCAAGGAGGAGGAGAUUCACUUGCAGGGGAAUGAGGUCAAGGAGGUGAAGAAUGGCAGCCCUGCCGAUGAGACUCCUGACACUAGCCCAAAAAGACACUAUAUAUUUGACUUCAGCAAUUCCACUGAGGAUUCAGGGGAGUACAGCGAUGACAGCUCCUGCACUGGCUCCUCCUUGGACACACUUCGGGAGACCAAGGGAAGGAAUCGGUUCUUGUCCAGGGAGAACUCCAGCUCCUCCAGCCAGCUGAACUACGGGCUGCGGGCAAAGAGGAAAGUACGCUAUAGUGAGGACUACCUGUAUGACGUAGACUCCAUUGAGGGUGAGAAGAACACUGUGGAGAAGCGUGAGAAGCCACCUGUUGGGCCGAAAAAGGAGGAGGACGAUGACUGGUGCCCAAAGAAGAGACGAAAAUCUUCCCGUAAGGAGCCCCCUGUGAUAAUCAAGUACAUCAUUAUCAACCGCUUCAAGGGAGAGAAACACAUGCUGGUCAAGCUUGGAAAAAUAGAUCCGACAAUCCCGACAGUGAGUUUAAGUGAGGAUGCGAUGAGCAAAUAUAAGAAGCUGGCUCCUCUGAAGGACUUUUGGCAGAAGAGGCGGCGGGACCUGGAGGAGCAGCGUAGGUUGACUGCGGGCGAUAAAUGCAAUUUUCAUUUGAACGGCCGCAACCGGCCCUUUAGUUCGAGGCCCCCAAAAAGGAAAUACAAGAUUGCAAACAGGCUCAGGAUUCAAAGAAUUCAUACUGUGGAGCAAUCAGUACACAAGCAGGGCUCCUCUUCUGAUCGCAAGCAGGAAAGCAGCGCCAAAGAAGAGGCAGCCCUCGUGGGCAUGCCAUUAACUGUAGCAGCCCCCAGCCGUGCAGCCACAUUAGGCCUAAAUGACAUCACGCACACCGGGACACUAAGUAGCAGAUCACAAGAGAGGGCGGAUAAGGAAAUGGGAAAUAAAAUAGUCAGGAUAAGAAAAUUCAAAAGUGAAGCCAGAUUGAAGAGCAAAAGAAUGAAAGCCCUGCAGGAGGAGGCCAAAGGCAUGGCGGAGCUGAAAAAUCAGGACUCCACUGGGAGCAUGAAGGAUGCCGCGAUUGACUCUGCGGCAAGCAGCCCCCACUUGUGUGAAAUUCACACCGCCACCACGGCUGAAAAAUCCACUUUCAUACCAGCCACCUGCUCUCCUGACAAACCCGUGCCAUCUGUGAACGUGGCUACCAGAGUACCAGUCAUCCCCGGGGGCUAUCUGCAGACGCUGCUAGAUGCCUCGGAUUCAUCGGGCAGUGCAGGAAUCCCCUUUUUCCCCCAGCAGGCCACCAGGCCAUACCAACUCGGCCCUGCCCGGGAAGACAAGCAGUUUGCCUCUCUCCAGCUCGCCCAGAGCUGCGUCCUCUCCCCUCCCUCCGAGUCGGAGCUCCAGCAGUCCCCCCAGAACCCUGCGGGACAGGCAGAGCCAAACUUCGCCCACGUGUGGCAUUCGCAGCUCGGCUCCGGCCAGCCUCCAUUCGCACCUGACAUUCCAGAAACCCCCAUUAUGCCGAACAGCUUUCCUGGCCCCGUGCCUCUGCCAAUGGCAGACAACUUGUCUGUCUCAGGAUACAGCCAGCUGAACUUGGACUGUGACAGACUGCUCUAUGAGAAGAAUUAUCUGCCUGAGCAGCCUCUGCAGCCCAGUGCUGAUUAUCAGGCGUGUCAGGUACCGUGUGGAGAGGGACAUCUACAGUUUCAGAGAGGCACGCUGAAUACAGACAAUGGCAGGCUCAUCAGUUUUGACUCAGUGGGUUCGCUGUCAGCCACUUCCAGCAAUUACAGCUCCCUGAGUCUGAAGUCCUGUGAGAAGGACAGUGAGGAUGAUAUGAGUGAUAACUUCCUGGCCCAUUGCAGCCCCAAGCUGGUGAUCCAGCAAAGCAUCGAUGCCAUCACACCGCUGAGGGAGUCAACGGACCUGCUGGACAUCUCUAACUUCACUCCUGAUAAGUUCCGGCACUCGUCUCUGUCAGAGAUGUCCCCUCCAGACACCCCUAAUUUGUCUCCUCAGGUGCUGGGGCCUGAGUUGAAAUUAGGGAAGGGUUUCCAGGAGGCCGGUGACUUGGUACUGAGCGGAACUGCGGAGAUGAAGUGGAACUGCGGCAUGGCACACCAACCAGAGCACCAGGCAGGUGUGUUCACAGUAGAAAGCCACCAAUUCCAGUUCCACACCUUCAACGAUGAAGACAGUGCAGGUCUGGGCGAGAAAAACACCACUUUGGCCGAGCAGGCCAAUCAAAUGGGGGGCGGAGUGAAAGGUCAGAGGUCAAAGAAGAAGACCACCAACAAGCAGCAGAAUGCAGGGCAGGGCCUUGCUCCAGAACAGAAGGGGGCAAAGAAAACUAAGGCGCCUAAAGGUCCCAAGACAGAGAAGGGCAAAAAUCCACGGCAGAAUUCUAGGACAUCCAAAAAAAUGAAAGCCCUGCUGGAUGGAAAGGCUGGUAAAGGCCAGGCAGGGGGCUCUAAGUUGCCCCAGAAAUUCCGGGAUGGCAUGGUUCCCCCAGGCCAGAUGAAAAACAAUAUUUGUUUUCCAGGCGGGGGAGGCCUGUCGCUGUCUGGGGACUGGCCCCUGGUUAAGGAGCCUGGCACCAGCUGGUCUGAGGGCAACAACCUUAUGGAUGAUGACCAGCGAGAGUUUGAGGAGCCCUCCAACAUACUGUCUAACAUUGCCUCUGGGAUGGCUGAGGUCCAACGGUUUAUGAUGGCCUCUAUCGAGCCGCUGUGGGGCCCUACUUCUGAGGUCUGCCAGCCCUCUGAGUCCAACAGCCUCAAGCUUAAGACCCUGAAAAUUCUGGCAGGCACCUCACCUGAUCCAAAGAGGAAGGGUGCUGUGUCCCCAGGAGGUUCAAAAGGUCGAAAGCCGACGGGGAAAGGGGGUAAAAUCCAGGCAAAGCUAAAUGCCUCGCACCCAUUUUUCCCCCCUCUUGCUCUGGGCUGCAACAUGUUCGACAGACCUAACAUCUGCGGCCCCAGUGCCAAUGGGCCUGCACACAAAAAGAUGUACCGCCACAAAACCAGCGCAAAAUUUCCCCGGGUUGAGAGCGUUAAAGGGAAGCGAGACCCGAAUAAGGACAUAGCAUUGAUGGCCUCUUUUGAAAAACUGAGGUAA